GUCCUCUCUUACACAAGACACACGCCCUUCACUUCAUACUCUCUUUCUCUGCCAUUCCGAUCUGCGUUUGGUUCAUCCUCCGGUCUUCCAAAAUGCUGGCACGCCUCGCCGCGAAUCGCCUCACCGAGAUCCGUCAGAUUUUCCGCCAGCCAACGAGGAGAGCUUUCUCAACCGCUCUCAACUAUCACCUCGAUUCUCCCGAUAACAACCCCAAUGUUCCUUGGGAAUUCACCGAUGUCAACAAACAAAAGGCUAAGGAGAUUAUAUCUAACUACCCAUCCAACUAUAAGCAAUCUGCGGUGAUCCCUCUGCUGGAUCUUGCCCAGCAGCAGCAUGGGGGGUGGCUCCCUGUUUCGGCAAUGAAUGAGGUGGCGAGGAUUAUAGAGGUCGCUCCUAUUCGAGUGUAUGAGGUUGCCACAUUUUACUCAAUGUUCAAUCGAGCUAAGGUUGGGAAGUAUCAUCUAUUGGUUUGUGGAACAACACCUUGUAUGAUACGAGGUUCUCGAGAAAUUGAAGAAGCUUUACUGAACCACUUGGGAGUGAAGCGAAAUGAAGUAACAAAAGAUGGUUUGUUUUCUGUUGGAGAAAUGGAAUGCAUGGGAUGCUGCGUGAAUGCUCCUAUGAUUACAGUGGCUGAUUACUCAAAUGGAUCAGAAGGAUAUACUUAUAAUUACUAUGAAGAUGUAACACCAAAGAGAGUAGUUGAGUUAGUAGAAAUGCUGAGAAAGGGGGAGAAACCACCGCCCGGCACACAAAAUCCACAGCGGAUUAAAUGUGGGCCAGAAGGAGGGAAUACUACUUUGUUAGGUGAGCCCAAGCCUCCUCCUUGCCGUGACCUGGAUGCCUGCUGAAGUGUGAUACAUAUCGCCUUGAAUAAUGUUAGGCUUGCUGUCUUCGAGCUUGCCUUAAUCAGAACAUUGCCAAUUUGUUAGAUGCUCUGCCAAUUUUUGUAUUAACCUGCAGGGAAUAACUUCCCUUUAAAAUACUUGUUCCUCAAAGAGCCAUAAAUCCCUUGGCUUGUUUUUAUCAGUGUUAUUUAUGCUUUUCUGUACUCUGUACAUUAAUCAUCAUCAUAAAUGAAAUUUGAGAUUUCGAUGGGAUCUAAUAA